UUGACAAAUGAUUUUUGUAAUAGUUCAAGGGUUGAAUACUGCAAGAAGAAGUUGGCAAAGGAACUUCUGAAUAUUGCCCAUAUCCAGCCCCCUCAUUUUGCACGUUUGCAAAUCUUCAGUGAAACAUUUGGAAACAUUUGCAACAUUUCUUUUGCAUUCGGAACUAUGCUGAAGCAAGUAAAGAAUGCAUAUGAAUCAUAUGUAAAUUAUCUCCUGGAUUCUCAGUGUCCACUGCAGCAUGAGGUUUUACUAUCAGAGAUAUCUGGAAUGAAGAAAAGAGCAGUUAGAACUGAAGAUGUGUACAAGGUAGAAGUAAAGGUGAAAGAGCUUGAACAAAAAUCCUUGUGUGUUCUACAGCAUAAUGAUCAACUAAGAAAUCAUUUUAAGAAGAUGAACAUUAUCACCACUGAUACUAAUGCAGCUGAAGAUUAUCCAUUGGAUUCACAAGAAGAGAAAUCAAAGAAGCAGUUUUGUCUUCCGAAUGAAGAGCAAACAUUUGUUUCAAAAAGAAGUAAGAUCUUGAAAACAUACCAUGAAGUGAGG